AAGACGCUUACUCUCGCAACCCCAAUCCAUAGCCUGCAUUCCUCAUUAUUAAAUUCCCAGCUUAUCGCCGUGGCAAUGGCAUCGUGUAUUUUCUGUCGAAUUAUCAAAGGCGAGAUUCCGUCUUUUAAGCUGUUUGAAAGCGAUAAGACGCUGGCUUUCCUCGAUGUCGGGCCCCUCAGCAAGGGCCACGCUCUUGUCAUCCCCAAGUUUCACGGCGCAAAGCUAGCUGAUAUCCCCGAUGAUCAGCUCUCUGAAAUUCUGCCUACUCUCAAGAAGCUAGCGAUAGCUUCUGGAGCAACCGAUUACAACAUUCUUCAAAACAACGGAACCCUUGCUCACCAGCAGGUGCACCAUGUUCACUUUCACAUGAUCCCGAAGCCAAAUGAGACAGAGGGCCUUGGCAUCAGCUGGCCUACGACUUCUGGCGAUAUGGAAAAACUCAAAGCACUUGCCGAGGAGAUCAAAUCUAGGAUGUAAACAGCAGCUAUAUGAUAUCACUGGUUUAACCUGCUCACCGGCUUGAAUUUGGACUGGCGGGAACAUGAUGCUGUGGUUUAUUUACCCAAGAUACAUGGGAAGUGAACGCAUUGUGCAAUAUGUCUAUCCUCCAAUAGAUACCAUAUACAGUACCCCAGUCUAUCCAAAUAGUAUUAUCUUGGCAUCCAUAACUGUCUCUUUAAUCUACAUCAUCUGCC